GUGGCUACUAAAAUGCUAGCGAUUACUAAUGGUCGCCUCCCUCUCUACAAGUUAGUUACGUCGCAGAGUACAAUUACAGAUGAAGUCCUCGAGCAUCGGUGGGAAGGGGAUGGAACCAUUGAAAGCCCGUAUCUCGUCGAAUGGCUCCACAAUGACCCACGAGAUCCUCACCAGAUGCAGGAGUGGUUGAAGUGGUCCAUCACUCUUCUUCAGGCAGUCUCCUUUCUUUCUAUAACAUUCGCCUCGUCGUCACUUUCUGCCGCCAACCCGCAGAUUCAGGAGCAGUUUGAGGUUAGCUCCGAGCUGGUGGUUGCAGAUACCUCUCUGUUUGUACUCGCUUUUGCCAUUGGUCCUGCAGUUUGGGCGCCCCUUUCCGAGCUAUAUGGUCGGCAAGUGAUAUACUUUAUCACGUAUGGAAUGACUACGCUCUUUGCUGGGGCGACUACUGCAAGUCCAAAUAUCGCUACUCUUCUGGUACUUCGAUUCCUGUCUGGCGCUUUUGGGUCAUCUGCCAUCUCCAAUGCUGGAGGAGUGGUGUCCGACAUGUAUACCGCGCGCGAUCGAGGACUAGCGACCAUUGCUUUUAUUGGAGCUCCUUUCCUUGGACCUAGCCUUGGACCCAUCGCUUGCGACUUCUUGGCAGUAUCGAAAGGUUGGAAAUGGGUUCAAGGACUGACUACAAUAUUUAACGGAGUUGUGUUCUUAGUGGGGAUCUUCCUCAUUCCCGAAACGUACUCCCCAGUUCUGCUGCAAAAGAGAGCCGCAAAGCUUAGCAAGAUGACCGGUGCUGUAUACAAGAGCCGCCUUGAUGUGGAACAGGGACACAAGACCGCCAGUCAGGUGUUUACGAAGACAAUGGUGCGCCCGUGGAUUUUGCUAUUUUUAGAGCCAAUCGUCCUACUUCUUUCCAUCUACAUGGCUAUCAUAUACGGUACGAUGUACAUGGAAUUUGCAGCCUUCCCAAUCGUGUUUGAGGAAGCCCGCCAUUGGCCACAGAGUACUUCUGGUUUAUCAUUUUUGGGAAUGAUGAUAGGACAGAUACUUGGAUGCGCCUAUUCCAUUCUAGAUGACGGCCGAUACAAGAAAAUCGCCGAUCGUACUGGCUAUGGUCGCCCUCCUCCCGAGGCACGACUAAUUCCUGCAAUGGUCGGAGCAGUGACGUUGCCCAUUGGUCUGUUCUGGUUUGCAUGGACGAAUUUUCCCAGAAUUCACUGGAUUGUCUGUCAGAUUGGAACAGUAUUCUUUGGAUUUUCUCACGUCUCUAUUUUCCUCAGCGUAGUCAAUUACCUCGUGGACGGCUAUACUAUCUAUGCCGCCUCGGCACUGGCGGGGAAUGCUGUCAUACGUGCUCUCUUCGGUGCAGCCUUUCCCCUUUUCACUACGCCUAUGUAUGAUCGCUUAGGUAUCCACUGGGGCUCUUCAAUUUCGGCCUUUCUUGCUGCUGUCUGUCUUCCGUUUCCCUGGAUAUUUUACAAAUUUGGCCCUGCGAUUCGACGCCACUGUCAAUAUGCCGCAGAGUCUGCCCGUCAGCUUGAUGCAAUGGCUGACCGUAUGAGAUCCCAAGCUGAGCAAAAUAUUUCAAGCGAAAAAGCCUCCGAGGGGUCCCCACAGGCUGCGAGUUCAGCAUCCGCUACAACAGACGAGGAAAUGAAUCCUUCUCAAAAGGACGACAUGCCUUGA